AUGGAUCAAUUCGUCGGCCGCUGGAAGCUCGUCCACUCGGAAAACUUCGAGGAGUACAUGAAGGAAGUCGGUGUUGGUUUGAUCACCCGCAAGGCGGCCGCCAACUUGAAGCCGUUGCUUGAGUUCAAGCACGAGGGCGACGUUUGGCAUGCGAAUCAGUAUUCGACGUUCAAGAACACCACGUUGACAUUCAAACUUGGCGAGGAGUUCACCGAGACAACGCCGGACGGUCGCACGUUCAAAUCGAUCAUCGUGUUCGAGGACGGCAAACUCGUGCACACACAGAAGAAGAUCAAGGAUUCCGACAAGGACUCGGUGAUCGUCCGCUAUAUGGAGGGCAAUCGUCUCAUCACCACUCUCACCUCUGGCAAUGUCACCUCGCGUCGAGAGUACGAGAGAGAAUAA